UCUUCGUUCCGCCUGUCCUGUCCCGCGCACUUCCAGUUACUUCCUCUAGGACCACCCUCUGUCGGCUGUGCAAAUCCACUGAGAUGGCCUUUCCCCCAGGUGACAUUAGUUGCUCUCUCCCCCGCUCAUUCUAGCACAAGUCACAUGCCACACUGUGUUAAAGUUCAUUGUCUGUGGUGCUUUGUCCCCGCCCCGGACCAGGAGUCUGUUGAGGGCUGGAACCUGACACGGAGCCUGCUCCGCAGCGAAUGGCUGUCAAGUGAAGAGGAAGGACCUGAGGUCCCACGGACCCACUUGCUCUUCCUCGGCCCUGCGGCGGGAUCUACGCGCGCUCAGUUUUCUUUCCCAGCCUUCUCCGCUGCCCAGAGGGACGAGGAGCGAGGGCAGGUGGAGUUAGUAGCGGAGAGUGGCCGGGCGGCUGGGCUCGGCCCCUUUAAGGAGGAGCGCGGGCGCGGCCCAGGUAAGGGGCGGGUCCGCGGGCGGAUCAGCGCCGCGCGCCGCCGCUCGUCCGGGAGCCGGAUUUGGAGCGCGCGGUGCCGGCGGGGCCGGAGGGGGCGGCGCGGCGGAGCCUCCCGUGGUCUCGGACGCUCCUCCUAGCCGGCCGCCGCCGCCGCCGCCAGCGCCCUAGCCCGGGUCCGGCCCGGUCGCCGCUUCCGGCCGCUCACCUGGACGCGCUCACCUGGGACGCGCUCACCUGCCUCGGGGCGCCUGGGCACCAGGAUGAAGGACCGGCUGGAGCAGCUGAAGGCCAAGCAGCUGACACAGGACGAUGAUGCCGAUGAGGUGGAGAUAGCCGUGGACAACACAGCCUUCAUGGAUGAGUUCUUCUCUGAGAUCGAGGAAACUCGGCUCAACAUCGACAAGAUCUCUGAGCAUGUGGAGGAGGCGAAGAAACUCUACAGUAUCAUCCUGUCUGCACCGAUUCCAGAGCCAAAAACCAAGGAUGACCUAGAGCUGCUCACAAAUGAGAUCAAGAAAAGAGCCAACAACGUGCGGAACAAACUGAAGAGCAUGGAGAGGCACAUUGAAGGAGAUGAGGUCCGCUCGUCUGCAGACCUUCGGAUUCGGAAAUCCCAGCACUCUGUCCUCUCCCGGAAGUUUGUGGAGGUGAUGACCAAGUACAACGAGGCUCAGGUGGACUUCCGUGAACGCAGCAAAGGGCGAAUCCAGCGGCAGCUCGAAAUCACUGGCAAAAAGACAACAGACGAGGAGCUGGAGGAGAUGUUGGAGAGUGGAAACCCUGCCAUCUUCACUUCCGGGAUCAUUGACUCUCAGAUUUCCAAGCAAGCCCUCAGUGAGAUCGAGGGACGGCACAAGGACAUCGUGAGGCUGGAGAGCAGCAUCAAGGAGCUGCACGACAUGUUCAUGGACAUCGCCAUGCUGGUGGAGAACCAGGGCGAGAUGUUAGAUAACAUAGAGUUGAAUGUCAUGCACACGGUGGACCACGUGGAGAAGGCACGGGAUGAAACCAAAAAAGCCGUGAAGUACCAGGGGCAGGCCCGGAAGAAGUUGAUAAUUAUCAUUGUGGUAGUAGUUGUGUUGCUGGGCAUUUUAGCGUUGAUUAUUGGACUUUCCGUUGGGCUGAAAUAAGGGCGGCCCGAGAGGCUGCUGCACUGAAAUCCCGAUUCUACUCCAGCCUGGUGUGGCCACCUUGUCUUCAGAUGGGAACGGAGUUUGAAUGACCUUCUUGAGAGCGAGUGGGACCCAAUCCUUUGUUUCCUGUAACCGUC